AUGGUCUACCUGCCCCCUCCACAUCUCGCGUCAGAGACGCGUCCUUCCUAUGGCGAGACCUACGCGAAGAUCCUCGCCACUCAUCGUCGCUCCCCCACCACUUCCGCCUCGUCGGUCAUCAUUCUCGUAGCCCCUGAUGUAGAUGCGCUCUGUGCCGCACAAAUGCUGGCGGAGCUCUUCAAGCAGGACGACGUCAUGUACCGGAUUAUUCCGGUCGUGCAGCUGCACACAUUGCUUCUCCUAAACAUGGGUGCCAUCCUCGAUCUGCCAUCCUCGGAAUGGUUUGGGGACUUCGAUCCACGGCUGACGGUGCAUGUCAUCGACUCGUCAAGACCUCAGAACUUACGACGAAGAGUCGCUGAAGAAGAUGAGGACGAAGAGUCCGCCGGUCUGCGCGUAUGUCAAGAGAAUGCGGGCGGAAUACGCGGCGCGAUUGGAGAACAUUACAUGUCUGGAACGUGGCACGGUCAAAGUGCCUCCGGUACAAUCUACAUUCUGGCGACCGUGCUAGAGCGCGUCGACAACGACCUCCUUUGGCUCGCAGUAUUGGUCGCGCGCCUCAAUCCCCCUCCGCCCGCAUCUGCGGCAGCCGAAUAUGACUUCAAGCCCCAGAACCCCGACGACACGUCCGUGUACGCCUCAGACGAACUACGCUUCACGAUGUUCCGCCACUGGAAUGUGUACGAUGCGAUGUAUCAUUCAUACUAUUUUUCAAUACCAGAGACGCAGCAGCCGUAUUCUCAUAUGGCGAAAGACCUCAAGCUCUCCCUUCGGCAAAAGCUCGACCAAAUUGCACCCGAAUACGGGCUUGUCGAGCUCUCAUAUCCUCCUUACGCGGUGUUAUGGCUACCGCUCUCUUCCCUCUCUGCCGCCGACGCUGUCGAGGCGGUCUCCGCGCUGCUCGACGUGGCCGGCGGUGUGCGGAUGGAGGUAGAGGUCGAAGGUGCGCGAAAUGGCGGAGAGUGGUUUGGCGGGGGCCGCGUGUGGAAUGGCGCCAAGGAAGGUAGACGAAGGGACGAGGAGCGCGAAAACAUCCCACCGGGCGGCGCCGCGAGUGCUGUGAAGACCUCAAACGCACUCGCGAACGUCGAUGGCAAGGAUGACGGGGGCAGCGCAGAGCUGCAGUGGUGGGUGAAGAACUUCUGGACUGCGUUCGACGCGCUCAACGACAUCGUCCGACUGCGCGAGGCACUUCCACUCGCGAUGGCACUCCACCGCGCGAUCAUGCGUCAGGGCUCGUCCAUCAUCGACAAGCACGAUAUUCGCACACUACGCGGGCACCGCGUCGUCAUCCUCUCUCAAGGCCCGGAUCUCGCCUUGUUUGCGCAUCCUGGUGUGCUCUCCCGCCUUGCACUCUGGCUCGUCGAAGCGCUUCGCGAUCGCCUAGCGGGCACUCAAGCGGCAUUCUCUCGAAGCAAGCGGAAGAGUCUGCCGUUGGUGCUAGCGUGCAUGAACGAGAGGGAAGGGACGUACAUCGUCGUGGGUGUCAUGGGUGCUCUGGAUUAUGGUGACGUCCGGAAGAAUGAAUUCGGUCUCGCAUUUUUGGACGCGAAAGAACGAUGCAACGCGCGAACGCGUCACGGCUCAUUCGACACGAGUGUCCUGGAGAUAAACAAGGACGAUCUCAAGGUCUUCCUUGAAACGCUGUGCGAGCGGCAUUGAUACCACUUGUAGCAAGAUGGACAACGACAAUCUGAUUGCGCAGCUGUUGACCAUGCCAAUGUCAUGCCUAAUACAUCUGUAAUGAGUAGUCCGCGGUUGUAAUGUGUACCUGUGUAUUCUGGCAUCAUCGCGAGUGUGUCGCAUUCUAACUUAGCAAUAUAUAUAGAGCGUGUGCGUCUUCCUAGUACAUGCUGAAACAAGACAGCUGCUCCAGUAUACAUUGUAUGCUUCCACCGGUAGACCCGAUACAUGUUUUCACGGCCCACGGGCGCAACUCAGAGGACUCCUUUCGUACUGGGGAUAUCAUUGCCGCCAGUUCUUUCGAUUGCUUGGCGGAUGGCUAAGGCCAACGCCUUGAAAGCGGACUCGGCCCUACGCAUCCUAGUUAGCCGGAUGUA